AUGGUCUCCAUGGCGGCGGCGGCCAAGAUCGCCGUCCUCCUGGCCGUGGCGGCGCUCUUCGCCACGGCGGGGGCGGACGACCCGCAAGCCAAAAAGGAAGCAGGGUGCUGGCAGUGCUACUCAACCUGCAUGGACAAGUGCGACAACAGCAGCAACGGCGGCAAGGACUACUUCACGUGCAAGAAGAAGUGCAUCGUGGACUGCUACAAGGACCUGCCGCCGGUGUGCUACAAGAUGUGCAUCGCAGAGACCUGCCUCAAGCUGCCGCCAUAUAAACAGGGGGAUUGCUUCAAAGCAUGCGGGCACAAAUGCUUCCACAACCACCCCGGGCCCAAACCGGGUCCACCUAAACCGAAGCCGAAGCCGAAGCCCACGCCGCCAAAGCCGAAGCCACCGACGCCGCCAAAGCCCACGCCGACGCCGACCCCUACGCCGCCAAAGCCAACGCCAACGCCAACGCCCACUCCGCCGAAGCCAACCCCUCCGCAGAACCCGCCGUGCCCGAAGCGGUGCCCCCCCGCGAAGCCGAAGCCCCCACCGAAGCAUGAGCCGCCGUGCCCGCCAGCGGCCAAAAAAGCGCCGGAAGCUGAAGAUUCCCACGGCCACGUAAGUCUUCCGUGUGCCCGUCCCGGGGGGUGCCGGCCAGAGCAGGCAACCAACGACACCAGGAACGGCAACACCAACAACUGA